AUGGCUACAGUGAAGACAAUGGCUUCUAUGAAACGCUUUGAUGUUCGCAGUUUAGAAGCAGCAGAACUAGUUCACUCCGUGCUCGUGGUGUCCGCUGAGCAUCUCGACAAUCAUCUUCAGAAUAAUUCCAUCUGGAUACUUGACGCCACUGUCGCUUUCAUAUGUUUAUUUCUGCUAAUGGAGGAUGCGUUUAUCCUAUACGAAUUGAAUUCGGAGUUGCACUGGCUCAACUGCGAAGCUUAUCUCUCACUGCAAGACGCCGUCGCAACAGAUCAUCGCUACCUGAAGGAUGCUAUUGUUCUCGACGCUUCGGAUGAAAAAGCAAAAAAACAGUUUAUGUUGAUUUUGGGACUUCGUUUUUCGAAUUUAUCGGUGUUCCUGCCUUUCUGCGAUAAAUGGAAUCUUGCGCAAAGAAGGCGAUGGACCGAUUCCGUGUUGGACAACAGCGACAUCAGUUCGGCAAACUCUUCGAUUUGCUAUGAUAAGAUCAAUCCCGUUAUGGCAUUUCCGACUAGGCAAAUUCCAUGUCCAAAAUUGAAAGCAAGACGUUCUUCCGGGUCCAUUCUUAGCCCUAAAAUCUCCAGUGAUUACCUUAAAGAAUGUACGAUCUUCACUGUAGAACUUCCCCAAGCCCAUACAGAACGCGUCGACUUCGUCUUCGUCAUAGCUUGA